AUGGCGGGGAAAGGGCAAAAGCGAAGGGAAAAGAACUACAGAGCGGCUCAUGGCGGAGGCAACGCUAGACUCCCGCCCCCGCCUGAUCCCUCCUCACUCGACGCCGUCCCGUCUAAGCUUCGCAAACUUAUGUCUCUCACAGGAGAUGGGAGACAACCCUUUAAUCGAGCAAAGGGAAAUACAGUAUAUGGUGCCGAUAAGGGGACUAAUUCAGGGGAAGGGACCGGGACUCCUCCUGGAAUGAAGAGAAAAAGAAGUAAUCUAAUUUCGAAUGCCACACAAUCGGAAAAACAGGGUGGAUUUCCCCAAAUUAGCAAGAGUGACAAGAAGAAGAAAAAGAAGAGGAAAAGUCAAAAAGCAGAAGACCUACGGUUUGAGGCUGCUGACAAGCAAGCUUCUGCGGGUUCUCGCAGAAAAGAGCGUAGAAAGCAACUCUUGGAAGCAAGAAAGAAAAAACACAAACAAUCCAAAUCCGACGAGGACAUUGAAUUUCCCGGCCGUGAAGACAUAAAAUUUGGAGACAUAGUUCAAGCACCCCCUAAGUUACUUGCCGUUCCUAAGGCAUUUAAGACAGCCCAAGAUGCUUCGAAAGAGAGGCUACGCCUACAAGCAGUAGAAGCCUACAGGCAACGUAAAAGCUGGGCAUCAAGGCCUGGAGUUAAGCUUUCUCAGCCUGAGACAACAUCACCUUUCUAG